AUGUUCCUUACCUUACGCAAAAAGGCAAUUGCCCAUGUUCUUCGGCUUAUUGCUUUUCCCAGUGUGGGAAAUCUUCACAUAACAAGUACUGUUGUGGAAGCAAAGGCACGGACUAAAGUUACAGGAAUAGUCGAGAGCGAUAUAGUAAGCAUUGGUUUGAACGCUGAUGACUCUUUUCUGGGAGUGCUCGUCAACAACCAACAGGGCUGUUUUGUCCUUGUUUACGAUGUUUUAACAUUAUCUGUUGAUAUUCCUGGCGAGGCUUUUGCUUUAUUAACUAUUCGGAUUGGAAGUUCAGUUACCCAAGGACUCGCUUUCGAAUGGAAUCCGGCUACUUCAGAUAUGUUUGCGGCUUCAGACAACGGGCAAACUUUGAGCAUUUGCAAGAUCGAUACCGUUAAUCCUUCGAAGUACAGUAUUGUUGGAGAGAAGAAACUCAAUGCGAAUAUUUAUGAAGUUUCGUGGAGUCCAAAAGGGAAACAACUCGUCAUCAGUGAUGCACUUGGGAGAAUCUAUCAAAUGAAGCCUGAUCUCGAAGACAAACCGCCUUCGUGGACCCCACUAAAUUUGCCCCUCCAGUCGUCGUUCGGUGUUACAAGAAAACUUUUGGUCGAUUGGAAUCUUGUAUUGAUUGUAACACCAGGAACAAGCGAGCUGCUUUCCUUGUCUAAGCACACUGCGGUUUGGUCUACCACGUCUCUUGUGUCGUUGCCUGAACCAACAAUGGUGAAUUUCAUAACUGGUAUCGCUGUCAACCUCUCGAAUACUGAAGUCUGCACGAUUGGGGACUUUUCAACUCGCCGCCUUCCUACUGUUAUGCUUUUGCGUAGUGAUGGUUCAUUGCAGUCAUUUUGGGUCGCGCCUCCUUCAAAGGACUAUCCGGACUGUUAUGUGUCUUCUACUUCAGUAGAUGUUAGUAUGAUCCGUCGUGGCAUUCGUCUAUCUGCAGCUGUUCCUUGUAAUUCUAACACAAAAGUUCCUACGUCUUUUAACACGGAGAAAACUAUUGUUACUGCCGUUGGCGUUUCUACAUCUGUAAAAUCAGAGUCAUCAUCGGAACCGUCUUCGACUCAGUUGUCUUCAAGUGUACCGUUUGGUUUCGGUGGAGUAGAUUCAAAUAGUAUACGGAACAGGAGGAAUUCUAUUACAACGAAAAGUCAACUAAACCUUGGUAAUCUUGGAAUGGAAACAAUACCUUCGACUCAAAAACCAUCUUUUUAUGGAGCUUACGGUGAAUCGAAAGGAAGUGUGGGUUCUGUAAUACCUUCGGCAGCUCAAAAUUUGGCCUCUGAACAUGCAGUCGCUUCUAAGCCCUCCAUUGGAGCUGGUUUUCAUAUCACUGGGAUUACGCACGGUUUGUCUGAAUUUGCACCAUCCAGAGAAAAAUUCUUGUCAGAAAAUGUCGAUCCCAACAAACAUGCCGAAGCUGGUCAGUCCACCACCAAGUCUUUGAUUGAAGAAUCGGUAAAACGUUUCCUCAAAAGCUGGGAUAGUUACCACAGAAAUUCACACUCAUUUUGUAUAAAUCUGCACAAAGCUGGGAAUCAUAUUGACAAAGCAGUUGGAUCUCUGAGCCAUGUAGAUAACGUUGAAGCUAUUGAUGAAAUUCGGCGAAUGAUUAUCGAGUUGGAAGAUGAAAUGAACGACUUACUGUAUUCAUUGAAAGGGAAGAAGAAUGUCAUUAAUGUGGAUGCGGUAUCUAGGAAACAGUGCAUGAAUGCUGGUCUAAUCGCAGGUUAUCCUCUGAACUCCCAGAGAACUCAAUAUGAAAGUGUUGUACAGAAAUACGAAGACUUUAUGGUGAAACUUCAUAAAGCGAAAAAGAUAAUAAUGGAAACAAAAAAGAUCUCAAUGAGGAAUCAGCCACGUCGUUUGACGGACUUCGAUCCGAAAUUUGAGGGACGUCUACAUGAAGGCCUCAAGAACUUGGCGCGUUUCUCCAAUGUUGUUCGGAGUCGCAUUGCUGAACUAGAGAGAACUGCUUCAUACUUCACAUCAUCAACUGAGACCAACUCAACAGCAGAUUCACGAGUUUCUAAAGGACCCGUGAGUCAUACGUCAACUGUAGAAAUUCCUGGCCCAGUCUUCAUUUAUAACUCAUGGAAGCCUGUACAUCCACAACAAAGUGCAUCGAAGAUGGAAUUGCGGACAAGAUUACUUGCCACUUUGAAGGAGAAGAAGGAUGAUAAAAACACGAUAAAGAAGGUAGAAAGACUUCGAUUUGGCUGUGCUCCUAGUGAUGACACGUUGAGUUCGUCGUUUAUAAAUCCCAGCAGCAUUGAAGCGACUCUUACGCAAAAGAUUAUCCCUCCAAUAAAAAGUAAACCUGUGAUAACAGUGCAGAAUGCCAGCACCCAAGCGGAUGUACCUUCUGCUUCUCCACCAGUUGUAUCAAUGCCACCGGCUGAUGUUGGAACUACCAACUACGAAGUCAAAGAUGUGAAGCCACCAGUCGAAUUUGGAAGCGCAGGAUUUUCUCAUUUUCCAUCUGUCGAAAGAAAGCAGGAGAAACCGCUGUUUUCGUUUGGGAGCGUGGCAGAUGAAACUCCAACGAAAUCCGUUCUUAAUUCUGAAUGUCCCACAAAGCCGUUCUGUCUGACUCCAGAAGGACCUUCGAACUCAGAGGAAUCAUUAGUUUCACAGGUGGAGAAAACAAGUGACGAAACCAGUAUUACUGCUGCUCCUGAGGAUAAAAAGAUAAAUGUGGCUAAACCUGCUCAAGAAUCAUCAACUGGCGUAGUAACUUUCUCAUUCAAGUCCAAAAGUGCCACAGAGUCCAAUCAAUCCGUCUUGUCAAGUCAAUCGUUUAAAUUUACCCCCAAAAAUGAUACAGCUCUAGAUACAUCAGCUUCAGUUGUGACUAGCGUCGACGCUGAUGAAGGAAUGGAUGACGAUGGUGGAGCAGCAGUACCUUCUCAAAAAAAUGACAGUAUUUUUGGUGGCGGUUUCAUGAGUGGCAUUGGUUCUACUACUAACACGAAUGCAGGAACGAAUGUCUUUGGAAUGAAAACUGGUAGCCUACUAAAUAAUACAUCGUCUCAUGGAGGAACAAGCUCAAUCUUCUCCGGAGGAAUGCACAAAGCAAUGAACACAUCCGGAGCUCAGCCCUCUACAUUUGCAUCCGCAGCACAAAAAGCUGUUCAAUUGGAUGCACUUUCCCAGUCUACAACGUCAAGCUCGGUUUUCGGCUCGACGCCAAAAUUUGGAGGCCCUCCUGUUUUUGGCGGGAAGCCAGUUUUUGGAUCCACUGCACCCAAACCGUCGUCUGCCUUUGGUGGUGGGUCAGGAGUUGGUGGUGCUUUCUCAGCGUAA